CAGAGAAACCGCUUCACUGCUAGUAAGCUAGCUGUAUGCCCAAACGAGCUGGGGUCUUUGUUAGCGUCAUGUUAACAUCACUUAUGAGGAAGAUAAUAAAGACAAUACUAUACUGACUUGCUCUCGGGCUUAAAAUAUGACAAAGUUAAACUGCGUUAAUCUUGAGAAAUUUCUGGAGGAGUUUUGUCAACUAGAACAGAACAUAACUGAAGUUAAUGGCAGAAACAGCAUGUUGGAGAUCAUGUUGGAGGAUGCUAAUAGACUGGUGAAGUUUUACCAGACCAAGGAGAAGAGCCUAAUUGAGGAAAAAGAUAGCCUUCUUCUCACAGUGAACAAACUGCAGCAGACUCUGCAGGAGCAGUGCAACCUCAGAGUGAAGAAUGAGAGACUCAAGAAUGAUAUGGCAGAUCUGAAACAGCAGAAUGAGAGAACAGCAGAGGUUGGAAAAGCUGAAGUUCAGCGGCUGAUCAGAGAAAUGAGAGCAGAAGAAGGGAGACACAAGAGGGCGCUAGAGGAUCUAAGACAGCAGUGUGGCAGGGAGGUGGAAGAUGCCCACAGGGAGUAUUUUAGUCAGUUGGAAGCUAAAGAUGCUGAAUGUAAGAAGCUGCUGGAGAAAAAGGAUCUGGAUCUAGAGGACAUGAAGAAGAGACUAAAAGAUCAGGAAAAGGAGAGUCAGAACGAGCUACUCAAGUUACAGAUGGAGUUUGGUGCAAAGUUAGCCAGAGUUCAGAGUUCAGCUCAGUGGAGCCAACAGCAGCAGCAGCAGCAACAUGGCCCAAACCUUCCUCAGAGUGUCUUUAAAAGGAAGCUGCAGUUUUUCCAGGAGGAAAAGAACAAAGAGAUUUUUGCCCUGCGUCAGAGAAUGAAAGAGCUGGAAGAGAAUCAGCGUGCCAGCAGCAUCCUGGACAGCCGUCCAAAGAGAAGAAAGAUUUAAUUUGUUUAGAGGCUAACGAGCUGCUGACCUGCCAGUGGACGUGCAUGAUUCCCAUAGAGCAUUCUGAAAUUUCCAAUCUUACAUAUUCAACAGGACAUUUACUUGGUGCUUGUGCAGUGUGACUAGAUUUGACUGCAAGUCCAGUGCUCUUCUUGCAGGUGACCAGUGUAAAGAAAGUACAAACACAUGCUGUAUUCCUGUCUAAGGAUUUAAUCCAAUUAGACGCCUGCAGGGAAGGAUGGAGGGAGAGAGUGUAGGUGGAGUAGUGCGAUUGUGAAUGAAUUGGCUGAAAGGGCAGUCUGAUUCAAGGAUGUAAAUCUGUUUAUCUGUUUUCAUUCAAAGAAAUCAUUAAUAGUACUUAUCCCCCUUUUUUCAAGGUUAUUGUAAUUCACACUGAGUUCUCUUUGUGUUCAUAUAGAUGCAUUUUCUCUGUGGUUUAUUGUUCUGAGCAUUAUUAAUUGACAGAAGUCUUCAACUAGCAGAGUGUCUUGCCAUAAGCUAAUGUUUUGUGUGUAUCAUAGACUGUGUAAGAAAAUGUGUAUUAAAAAAACUUCAGUUGAUCCAGUGAAACAUCGGGCACAGCUCCUCUGUUUCAAAUCUUUUCUUCUUUUUCUUUUAUAAAUUGCAGCUCUGUUUAGAAUAAAGUAGAUGACACAGCAAUUUAUACUUCCUGUAUCAUUGUGUGAACAGCAUGGGUGUUGUCAGUGUGACAUAUUGUCAGCUUCUUUAAAAAAGAAAGCAUUAAGUAGUAACACAAAGCCAAUAACAAAGUUGGUGAAAAUGAGCCGUAAGAGCACUUCACAGCGGUUUACACGUGGAAACAGUUACAGGUAGGCUACAGUGCUACAAGCCUGUCUGCUCAGCACUGCUUCGAUUAAUUGCUGGAAAUCAAGCUUUGGCUGGUUGGAUGGAGAUUAUUUGCUACUAGCUUUUAUGUUAGCCUUAGCCCUUAGUGUCACGAUUCCAUCUUUUGCACAGUAAAAAUAAAACUUCACACGUUCAUAUAUCCACUCGCCUGCUGCAUCAUUUUCACUUUGAUUUGCAGGGUGUUUUUGAAUUCAGCCCUCUGCAGGCUGAUUAUUUAUCCUUUUAUUCCUAACAUGUUACCCAGCACAUAUCAGUAUAAAUAUCCAGCAUGAUUUAUUUUUGGCAGUGUUGUUUUUUGAGGGGGUUUUGAGCAGUGUGUAUAAUAAUUAUGAUUUUGUACAUUUGCAUGGUUUUUGACUGCUGUCUGCUGAUUAAUGUC